CGACACACAAUUUCCACUCCUUGUAACCUCAAAAACUUCGAACUGUCUUGUACUGUCCCAUUUCUUCCAAGCACACUCCACAUAUUCAAGUUCAGCAAAUUUAGUUUUUCAACUUCAUUUUAACUACCAUGUUGUCUCUUUUCUUACACCCUUCCUACAUACACCUUUCCAACAAUGUUCUCCUCCAACCCGUUUUCCUUCAUGGCUUAUCCGGAUUCUUCCACCUUCUGUUACUCAUCGCGGUUUCACUGUCAUGGACUUGGAAGAAAUUCACAACACGUAUCAGGGAUGAGUCGGAGGAGAAACACGACAACAUCCUCUUCAAAACAACCGUGUUUUGUUCUCUUGGUGUUUCUACGUUCAGUUUUCUCCUCUGUUUGUUCAAUUACUUCUGCUGGUACUCUAGUGGCUGGUCAGAAGAGAAGUUCGUGAAUCUUUUGGAUUUGGCGCUCAGAACACUUGCGUGGGGCGUUGUUUGUAUUUGCUUGCACAGGAGGUUCUUCAGUUCUGCCGAGAGAAGGUUCUCAUUCCUCUUCAAAGCUUGGUGCGUCUUGUACCUCUUCGUGUCUUGCUAUUGCUUCGUGGUGGACAUUGUUGUUAUAUCAGAAAGACGCGUUGCUUUGCCAACUCAGUGCAUUGUUUCUAAUGUGCUUUCCACUUGUGUUGGUUUGUUAUUCUGUUACGUGGGGUAUUUUGCGAAAAACAAAGGACACAUGCGAGCAAAAGAACAUGACGGUACUCAGGAACCUCUUUUGGACGGUGACACAAGUGUUGAUGAUGCCUUGGAGAUAAAAGAGACCAAGGGUGGGAACACUAUUACCCCUUUCUCGUAUGCUGGCUUUUUGAGCCUUCUUACCUUCUCUUGGGUGGGUCCUCUUAUAGCUGUUGGCAAUAAGAAGACCCUGGACCUUGAGGAUGUUCCUCAACUAGACAGCAGAGACAGUGUAGUUGGAGCUUUUCCUGGUUUCAGAGAUAAACUUGAGGCUGAUUGUGGUGCAAUUAAUAGUGUCACCACACUAAAGUUGGUGAAGUCGCUGGUAAUGAUAUCGUGGAAGGAGAUUCUGUUCACAGCUUUUCUUGCUUUGUUUCACGCUUUGGCUUCUUAUGUUGGUCCUUAUCUUAUGGAUGGUUUUGUUGAGUACCUUGAUGGACAACGGCUUUAUGAAAACCAGGGCUAUGUUUUGAUUUCCGCGUUUUUCUUUGCAAAGAUCGUAGAGUGUCUGUCUCAAUUGCAUCGGUGCUUUAGGUUGCAGCAAGUUGGACUUAGAAUUCGUGCAUUGCUUGUCACGAUGAUCUAUAACAAGGCUCUGACCCUUUCUUGUCAAUCAAAGCAGGGGCACACUGACGGGGAAAUAAUCAAUUUCAUGGCUGUUGAUGCUGAAAGAGUUGGUGUGUUCAGUUGGCAUAUACAUGAUUUGUGGAUGGUGGCUUUGAAAGUUACAUUGGCCUUUUUGAUUUUGUAUAAAAACCUUGGGCUGGCUUCCAUUGUUGCUUUUGUUGCAACUAUUGUAGUUAUGCUGACAAAUGUUCCCUUGGGAUCAUUGCAGGGGAAGUUUCAAAAGAGGUUGAUGCAGUCGAAAGAUAGAAGAAUGAAAGCCACAACCGAGAUUUUAAGGAAUAUGAAGAUUCUCAAACUUCAAGGAUGGGAAAUGAAGUUUCUAUCAAAAAUAACUGAGCUCAGGAAAACUGAGCAGGGUUGGCUUAAAAGAGGUGCCUAUACUGCAGCCGUUACCUCGUUUUUGUUUAAGGGUGCCCCCACAUUUGUAGCCGUGGUUACUUUUGGUACUUGUAUGCUUAGAGGGGUCCCCCUAAAAUCUGGGAAUAUAUUGUCUGCACUCGCAACUUUCGAGAUUCUUCAAGAACCCAUUUAUAAUCUUCCAGGUACAAUUUCGAUGAUGGCACAGACUAAAGUGUCUCUCGAUAGGAUUGCAUCAUUUCUUCGUAUGGAUGACUUACCCUCUGAUGUUGUAGAGAAGCUUCCCCGGGGAAGUUCUGAUACAGCAAUUGAACUAGUUGAUGGAAACUUUUCUUGGGAAUUAUCUUCCCCCAACCCAACAUUGCAAGAUAUAAACCUUAAAGUUUCUAACGGGAUGAGGGUUGCAGUUUGUGGUACCGUUGGAUCAGGCAAAUCUACUUUACUUUCUUGUGUACUGGGAGAAGUACCUAAGAUAUCAGGCAUCCUUAAGGUUUGUGGAACAAAGGCCUAUGUUGCUCAAUCUCCAUGGAUACAAAGUGGCAAGAUUGAGGAUAAUAUAUUGUUUGGUAAACAAAUGGAUAGGGAAAAGUACGAGAAUGUACUUGAAGCGUGUUCCUUGAAGAAGGAUCUGGAGAUUUUGACAUUUGGUGAUCAGACAAUCAUAGGAGAGCGUGGAAUAAAUUUGAGUGGAGGACAAAAACAAAGAAUACAAAUCGCACGUGCACUUUACCAAGAUGCUGAUAUAUAUCUAUUUGAUGAUCCUUUCAGUGGUGUGGAUGCUCACACGGGCUCUCACCUCUUCAAGGAAUGCUUGUUAGGCCUUCUAAGUUCAAAAACAGUGGUUUAUGUCACUCAUCAAGUCGAGUUCUUACCUGCUGCUGACCAUAUAUUGGUUAUGAAAGAUGGAAAAAUUACUCAAUGUGGAAGGUAUAAUGAUUUGCUUGGUUAUGGAGCUGAUUUUAUGGAACUUGUUGGUGCACACAAAAUAGCUCUGUCUACGAUAGAUUCAUUGGAUGGCACAAAUGUUUCUAAUGAAAUAAGCACCUUGGAACAAGAUGUAAAUGUCUCUGGGACGCAAGGUUCUAAAGAAGAGGAGGAAAGUACAGAUAAACAAAAUGGCAAAACUGACAAAAGUGAACCAAAAUGCCAGUUUAUUCAGAAAGAAGAAAGGGUGAAAGGUAAAGUUAGUUUUUCAGUUUAUUGGAAAUGUAUCACCACAGCAUAUGGAGGAGCUCUUGUACCAUUCAUAUUGUUAGCUCAGAUUCUUUUUCAAGUUCUUCAAAUUGGUAGCAAUUAUUGGAUGGCUUGGGCGACUCCUGUCUCAACAGAUGUGGAACCACCUGUUGAAGAAACAACUCUUAUAGUAAUCUAUGUUAGUUUGGCUAUUGGAAGUUCUUUAUGCAUUCUUGCCAGAUCAAUGCUUCUUGUCACAGCUGGUUAUAAAACAGCUACCAUACUCUUCACCAAGAUGCACUAUUGCAUUUUUCGUGCUCCAAUGUCAUUUUUUGAUUCCACUCCAAGUGGGCGAAUGCUUAACAGAGUUUCAACGGAUCAAAAUGCAUUGGAUACAAACAUUCCUCGUCAAAUUGCAUCAUUUGCCUUCAUUAUGAUCCAACUUCUAGGAAUUAUAGCAGUGAUGUCUCAGGCUGCAUGGCAGGUUUUCGUUGUCUUUAUACCUGUGAUUAUUGUCAGCAUUUGCUAUCAGCAAUAUUAUAUUCCAUCAGCCAAAGAACUAACACGUUUAGUUGGAGUCUGCAAAGCCCCACUCAUACAACACUUUUCUGAAACAAUUUCUGGUACUUCAACCAUUAGAAGCUUUGAUCAGCAAUCAAGAUUUCAGGAAACAAAUAUGAAACUGACUGAUGCGUAUUCUCGGCCAAAGUUCAACAUUGCUGGUGCCAUGGAAUGGUUGUGCUUCCGCUUAGAUAUGUUGUCUUCUAUCAUAUUUGCCUUUUCCUUAAUAUUCAUAAUAUCAGUUCCACCAGGAUUCAUAGAUCCAGGCCUUGCUGGUUUAGCAGUUACAUAUGGGCUAAAUUUGAACAAUAUACAAGCUUUGAUGAUAUGGAGUCUGUGCAAAAUGGAGAGCAAAAUUAUAUCAGUAGAGAGAAUACUUCAGUAUACUAGUAUUCCUAGUGAGCCUCCCCUUGUUAUAAAUGAAAAUCAGCCAGAUCCUUCUUGGCCCUCAAAUGGCGAGGUUGAUAUACAAGAUUUGCAGGUUCGCUAUGCUCCACAUCUUCCACUUGUGUUGUGUGGUCUUACGUGCAAAUUUCAUGGAGGACUGAAAACUGGUAUUGUUGGGAGAACGGGAAGUGGUAAAUCCACACUCAUACAAACGCUUUUCCGAAUUGUUGAGCCUGCUGUUGGGAAAAUUAUGAUUGACAACAUCAACAUCUGUUCCAUUGGACUUCAUGAUUUGAGGUCUAGACUAAGCAUUAUUCCUCAGGAUCCUACAAUGUUUGAAGGGACAGUAAGAAAUAAUCUGGACCCCCUGGAAGAACACACUGAUGAACAGAUUUGGGAGGCCUUGGAUAAGUGUCAACUUGGAGACGAAGUUAGAAAGAAAGAAGGAAAGCUUGACUCCAAAGUUAGUGCGAAUGGUGAGAAUUGGAGUAUGGGUCAGAGACAGUUGGUUUGCCUUGGCAGGGUGCUGCUUAAGAAAAGCAAGGUUUUGGUUCUUGAUGAAGCCACUGCAUCAGUUGAUUCAGCUACAGAUAAUUUGAUUCAGCAAACUCUUAGGCAACAUUUCACUGACUCCACAGUUAUCACCAUUGCACACAGAAUAACUUCGGUUCUUGACAGUGAUAUGGUUCUGCUUCUUAGUCAAGGAUUUAUUGAGGAGUAUGAGACCCCAACAAAACUGCUAGAGAAUAAGUCAUCAUCUUUUGCUCAACUUGUUGCUGAGUAUACUAUGAGGUCCAAGUCCAGUUUUGAGGAAUCUGAUGAUCACUGAUUGAAAUUGA